AUGAGCCGACUGGACAGUCUUGAGCCGUAUCGACGGGUAUUCCUGAGAUCAAGGGGUAUCUCCGUCCCGGAUCCUGUCGCCAAUGGUAGCGGCCCGGAACCGGUCGAUUCCACGACUGCAGUCCCGGCUCUCCUGAGUCCAAACUGGAGCCCGAACCCGGGCCGGAAUGAGCCUCCAGGACCAAUACCGACACCAAAUCCAACGUUCAGCUUCUGUUCCACCUCGGAGAACCAAGAACACAAUUCGGCUCCGCCCCCGGCUGAUGCAACGACUGCACAAACCUCCCCUCCUGAAUUCCUCUACUACGAUCCCGAAGGUGACAAAACCACGUUACAUCCCCUGGACCAGACACACCAUGCAGUCCCGCGUUCGUUUGAUGACAUCCGCAGGGCGAGCACAUCGCAAAACAAUGUUGAUGGCAACAAUGACAACUCGCAUCUAGAUGUCAAUGUGAAUGCAGAUGAUGCAUUCUCGGUGGCCACUUCGCGUUUCAAAGCCAAGCGUUCUCAAUAUGCGGCUUCUCGAAGCUGGCGCAAAGCCCCGGGAGGUUACGGAUCUGACUCGGACAACGAGAACAAGGGCGGCAAGGAUGGCGAGGAUGAGGCCUACGAUACCGACCUGGACUCACAGGCAUCUCAGAUCGGGGUUCGCCGACCUCGGGAGCACGCGAGGAAAAUGUGGAAGUGGAAGUCUCUUGUAGCCAACCGGUAUGAGCACAUGUUCUUGGAGUGCAUCGUGAAUAUCGAUAGCAUUCCACCAAAUUACGAAAACAUGUUUGUCCAUAGCUCCGUCACACGAGAGCUGGAGAGGGUAACUAAGCGAUCACUUGAACGGCAAAAAGCAUUCAACCAUGGCGUCCUACAAGGGAACCGGGUCACGGGCGCAAUUCUUUGGGGCCCGCCAGGCACUGGAAAGUCUCUAUUAGCAAAAGGGCUCGCCAAACAGUCCGGCUGCAACAUGUUGGCCGUCUCCACGGCUGAGUUGUGGCAGAAGUGCCACGGCGAAGAUGAGAAGGUAAUCAAGGCCCUAUUCACCUUCGGCAGGAAACUGAAGCCGUGCAUCAUCUUCCUGGAUGAGGCCGAUGCCAUGCUGGGAACCCGCAAGGCGGGCGAGAAGCGACAUUUGCGAGCCAUGCUCAACCAGUUUCUCAUGUGCUGGGACGGCCUUACCAGCGAUCGAGACUCGCCGUUCGUGCUCCUCGCGACUAAUCGACCGUUCGACCUCGACCCGGCCGUUCUUCGACGCGCACCCGUGCACAUCGAAAUUGGCCCCCCCGAUACGUCCGCGAGGGAAGGCAUCCUUCGUCUACUUCUUCGUGCCGAGCGGAUGGAGCCGCCCCCGAGCGUGAUGAUUCCGCACCUGGCAAGGAUCACCGACAGGUACACGGGCUCGGAUCUCAAGAAUCUAUGUGUCACUGCUGCUACUCUUGCAGUGGACGAGCAACCGGAGGACACGGACGUCCGAACACUGACCACGGCGCAUUUUGACCUGGCCAUGAAGAAGGUUCGACCCGUCACACUGAGUGCCGUCACCAAGAACGAAUUGGACAACUUUGGGAAGAAAGGUGUUGCGGAAGGAGGGGGAGCAUAUGGGAUGCACGAUGAGGACUGA